AUGCUCCUUGUGCCUGACUUCUGUCACCGAGAGCAAAAUGCUGUCUUCCUUGUGCUUCUUGUCGCUCCUUUUGCGAUCCUUCCAACCACGGUCGCCCUCCCGGCUGGUGUUGAGCUUGGCCCUGGAGAGGAUGUUCAAACAACUACGAACUCUUCUCCUGUCGCCACGUCUCAAUCACCGCUCCCGUCGACGACCACCUCGCUUGGCACUAGCCAGACUGUUACCACAACUACCAGUUCGACCGCUCCAUCUACUGGCACGACGGUCACGGUGGCUUCGGGCUACCGCAAUGCUCUCUACCUCACCAAUUGGGGUACCUAUGGCGCCAACUACCAACCCCAGCAGCUCCCAGGGAACAAGAUCACUCACGUUCUCUACGCAUUCGCCGACAUUGCGUCUGAUGCACGGUUGAUUGACGAUAUGGGACUCAACGCUUACGGCUGCGUCAAGCAGUUGUACCUCCUGAAGAAGAGGCAAAGGCACUUCAAGACGCUCCUGUCCAUCGGCGGCUGGACCUACUCGCCCAAGUUCGCUCCUGUGGCAGCAACGGAGGCCGGACGCCAACGCUUCUGGAACUCAUCCGCCACACCGCUAAAUCGCCGGCCUGCCGCAAAAAAAAACAACACCAUGAAACUCGGGGAGAUGGACCCGCUGCUCGACGCCUGGCACAUCAUGGUCCACGACUACGCCGGCUCCUGGGGCUCGACCACGGGCCACCAGUCCAACCUGCGCGCGGACCCGUCCAACCCGCAGGCCACCAAGUUCAGCACCGAGCGCGCCAUCACCGACUACGUCGCGCGCGGUAUCCCCGCGGCCAAGAUUGUCCUCGGCAUGCCGCUGUACGGCCGGGCGUUUGAGAACACCAAGGGCCUGGGCCAGCCGUACGCCAGCGUCGAGCCGGGUUCGAUCCAGGCGGGCGUGUAUCUCUGUGAGGACCUUCCACGGCCUGGGGUCAAGGAAAUCCAUGACGAGUCGGCCGGGGCGAACUACAGCUUUGAUGAGGCCAAGGGGGAGCUGGUGUCGUAUGACAAUGUGUUCGGCGCGCAGAAGAAGGCCGAGUAUCUCGUGAAUAAGAGUCUGGGCGGGGCUGUGUUCUGGGAGACGGUCGGGGACAUGACUGGAAACGGGAGCUUGGUGAGUGCGCUUGCCGGCGGGAUGGGCAGGUUGGAGACGGCGGAGAAUUGGUUGUCGUACCCGGAAAGUCGGUAUCAGAAUAUCAAGAACGGGAUGCCCGGGGCGUGA